UCAGUUCUAUGGUAACGUCAUCCGUGUUGUGUGUGCGCGUGCGCUCCUUCGCCUGCGUUCGGCUUGUAUGUUUGUGUGCGUGUGCCUGAGUCUGCUUUACCGAACCGAUUUAGCGCGUUUGUUACGGUUCCGACCGGCUGAGGCGCGCGACAUGGCGGCGGCCCCAAACUCGAGCCCGAGCCCGAGCCCGAACUCGAACCCGAAUCCAGCCCGGAGCUCAGGUUCAGGCGCGAGCCCGGAGGAGGUGCACCGGCCCCCGGCGGCGGCGGCGGCAGCUGCAGCGGCGGCAGCGGCUCUGGCGAGUGACGGUGAACCGGAGGAGGCCGAGCAGUUCUCCUCAGCACUGCACUGCUCGGAGCUCGCGCGGCGGCAGAACGAGCAGCGGAAGCUCGGGCUCUUCUGCGACGUCACACUGGCGUUCAGCGGCGGAGGAGCGGGUGGAGGAGGAGGAGGAGGAGGAGGAGGAGAGGGCGCGGGCAGUGGGUUCGAGCUCGGCGCGCACCGCUCCGUGCUCGCAGCCGCCACCGAUUACUUCACCCCGCUGCUGGGGGGCCAGUUUGCGGAGUCCGUGUCGCGGCGCGUGGAGAUGAAGGAGUGGAGCAGCGAGGCGGGGCCCGAGCGCGAGACCGUCGAGAGCGUCGUGCAGUUCAUGUACACCGGAGAGAUCCGCGUCAGCACGAGCAACGUGCACGAGGUGCUGGAGCUCGCGGACAGGUUCCUGCUGGUGCAGCUGAAGGAGUUCUGUGGUGAUUUCCUGAAGCGGAAGCUGAGCCUGGCCAACUGCGUGGCGGUGCACAGCCUAGCGCACAUGUACACUCUGGACCAGCUGGCAUUGCGUGCCGCCGAAAUGAUACGCCGCAACUUCCACCGGGUGAUCCAAGACGACGAGUUCUACACGCUGCCGUUCCACCUGGUGCGUGACUGGCUGAGUGAUGCCGAGAUCACCGUCGACUCGGAGGAGGUUCUGUUCGACGCGGUCGUCAAGUGGGUGCACCGGGGCACCGAGGACCGCGAGAGGCACUUCGAGGAGCUUUUCCGCCUCCUCAGGCUGCCUCAGAUCAAACCCACUUACCUGACGCGGGUGGUGAAGAACGAGCCCCUCGUGGCACGGAACGAGGCGUGCCUCAAACUUGUGUCGGAUGCCGUGGAGAGUCAUGCCAUCCGUUUUGAGAACCAUAAAAAGUCCGCGUCCGAUUCAGAAUUCUGGGCAGCUUUCCAGCCUCGAUUUGGACAAAACAUGGACGUCAUCAUGGUGGUCGGCGGCGUCUCGGAAGGAGGCGACUACCUGAGCGAGUGUGUUGGGUAUUUCGUGUACGAGGACCGUUGGGUGAACCUUCCGCACAUCCACAAUCACCUCGACGGCCAUGCGAUCGUAGUUACGGAUUCGUACGUCUACGUGGCGGGCUCCAUGGAGCCUGGAUUCGCCAAAACGGUGGAAAGAUACAAUCCGAAUCGCAACACUUGGGAGCAGGUGAGCAACCUCACGACGCGUAAGCACUCGUUCGGCCUGACGUGCGUCAAAAAUAUCCUCUAUAGCAUCGGCGGCCACGGGAAUUUCAGCCCGGGAUUCAAGGACGUAAGCGUUUAUGAGCCGGAGCAGGACAAAUGGCACAAUUUGGAGUCGGCACCAAAAAUCCUGCGUGAUGUGAAGGCGAUUAGCGUCGAAGAUCGCUACGUUUACGUUACAGCGAGGACCCCUGUGGAUACAGACAAUGACGACGGGCUCAAGACGGUGACGACGCGCUAUGACACCGAGAGCCGCCAGUGGCAGGAAGUCGAUUCUUUGCCCCUGAUCGACAAUUACUGCCUCUUCCAGAUGGCCGUGGCGUCCACCAAUUUCUACCACACCGCGUCCUGCUGUCCGAGGAGCUACACCAACGUCCGAGAUGAAGCCGCACGGCAGAAGAUUAGUGCCCGGAUUUCGGACGAGAUCCUUGAAAGCCUGCCUCCGGAGGUCACCAGCGUCGAAGGAGCUGCCGUGUGCUUCCUCGGCGACGACGUGUUUGUCAUCGGCGGCUGGAAAAACAGCGAUGACGUGGACAAGCAGUACCGAAAAGAGGCCUACCGGUACUGCGCCGAGAGAAAACGAUGGAUGCUGCUUCCGCCGAUGCCGCAGCCUCGUUGCCGGGCGACCGCGUGCCACGUCCGAAUCCCCUACCGCUUCUUGUAUGGGUGCCAGAGGUACCCGAUGCCACAGAAUUUAGCACGGCAGCGAGACCGGAUGCAGCAGAUGCAGCAGCUUCAUCGACGCACACUCACCCUGCGCAGGCAGCUGCAGUCCCAGAUCGAAUGCUGAAGGAACGGACAAUGUUCGGCUGCGUUUUGGGUCCAAGCGGAAGGAAGAGAGUUCUCUGGAGCUGCUGCGCUUUUCUCAAUACCGUUAACAUCUUUUGGUCCAGCUUUCAUCUUUUCACCGCGGUCCUAAACUUUCAUUGUGCGUCGAAAGUGUGUGUGUGUGUGGGGGGGGGUGUCCUCCGGGCCACUUGGGGGCGUUGAGGAACGAAGAGACUCGAUAACUUUCUGCCGUUUUUCAUUGUGUAUUAAAGCUUCUUUGUAUAUUUAUUUGUCGACUUUGAUAAUCGGCGAUAAUCGCCUGUGUUUCGGGUUCGGCGUGAAAGUCCUCAGGUCCACCAGGGGGCAACAACGGACGCCGAGCGAUAACAUUAACAUUCCACCGUUACGGGUUUCGCAUUGCGUUCUGCGUACGAUAUUUGUCCAGUUUUUCAUCGAGACCGAGCGAUCACAAAUUGAAAUCUAAAUGUAGCUUGAACUUUUUGCUUAAACGUCAAGACAUGGUGAGUUUUUAAAUUCCGAUGACGUACAACUGCGUUCGUAUACAGCAUCGCAUCCUGCGAGCGAUCAGCCCCGACCCUAACGUUAGCGCUUAAUUAGUGUGAUGGCUUUACAAAAUAAAUUCCCAGUGACUCCGGUAAGUCCAUGAAACGCGCAAUAUAAAGCAGUUAUGUAACGGUCAGGCCGUAGCUAUUUCAGCCAAGAACGCGAGCUGCUGUUGCUCAGAAGGUCCUCCGGGCCACUAGAGGGCAAUGGUAUGUGUAUAAUGUAAUAACUGUAUUAUAUAACGUACAGGAAGGAAUAACUGCUUCCGAGGCCACGUGUAAUGUUCGUAUCGUCGCUUGCUUCAGGUUUUGCCUUAAUGUUGCGAUAUGUUUCAUCACAAAGACAGAUGAAGAUCCAUUUUUGAACACGCUGAUAAUUUUAUGAAUGGACGACCAAAAUGUUAGAAUGGAGGUCUUUUUGUUGUUGUUGUUGUUGUUUUUUUAAACCUGAAGAGUCAUCUUUGCACUUUGCCACAUCCUGAUUUGCAUAUUUUUAUUUCCCCAUUGUGUUCUGCACUUGAAACUUUAAACGCACUUCUAAAGGGACUCUGUGUCUUAAUCAUUUAUUCGCGCUGAGCCUGUGUUCCAAUACGACCGUACCGACCUUGUUUACUUGCCUUUGUUUACGUCUACUUGUGCACGUUAAUUGUAGUUCCAUUGCAGCACGUUUCGAUAUCGGCCGAAGGUAAUGACUUUGCUUUCUUUAUUCUGCUAGUUAGCUUUAAGGCUAACGGCCGAGCCGAGACGAGUGUGAGGGAUACAGUCUGAGGGGAAGUCCGGGUCAGCGAGGGCGCGUUAAUCACCGUACAGAACGCAAUGCGGAAGUGAAGCGGAAAAGGGGCCGUUACAGUAAUAAUUUAUUGUAUUUAACAGCAUUAAACCAUAGUGAUGUUUUAUUUUCUACCUCA